AUGGCAGGAGGCAAGGCACAGGCGGCAGACAAGAGCCGCAACAUCACGCUCGUCAUCGUGGGAGACGGCGGCACGGGCAAGUCGAGUUGCACGUUGCGAUUCGUACGCCCAGACGAGGACACCUUUACUCAGGAGUACGACCCCACCGUUGAGGAUUCGUACUCUGCCACGAGGACUGUAGACGGUCAGACUUGGCAUGUAGAGGUCAUAGACACCGCCGGACAGGAGGAGUACCAAGAUCUGUGGCAGGACCAAGUCGUGAAGCAGGGUGAUGGCUUCGCGCUCGUCUACGAUGUUGCCUCUGCCGCUUCACUCGACAGGCUCUCCUUCUUCCUGGACAAGAUACGCAGGGUGAAGUGCCUCGAGGAUCGAAGACCGACGUCUGCCAACACGCCGGAGAACAACCCGUUCACGUUUGUGCUGAUGGGCAACAAGUGCGAUCUGCCGACGACACAGCGGCAGGUGACAGCCUCACAAGGCAUGGCCUUUGCUCGUGCAGGCGGUGGCCUCUUCACGGAGACUUCUGCAAAGACAAACGUCAACGUACAAAACGCAUUCGACUCGCUCAUCCGCGCCGUCAUCAGAGCGCGACAAGCACAAGCGAACUCAAAGGCGCCCAUCAACCCUAAUGCCGGCUUCCUCGCACAACAGGCAGAGCAACAUCAGCAACAGCAAGAGAAGCAAUCCUCUGCACAGCCUAGAUUCGUAGAAGAUCUGCCGCAGACACCGAGGAAGAAGAACCCAAGCCUUGCGCUCGGUGCGAGAGAGUCGACCUACACCCGUACAGAGGCAGACACUCAUAGUGGCGGAUGCAAGUGUAUCAUCUCAUAG